AUGGCGCGAGCUGUGGCGCUGACGGCGCUGCUGGCGCUGCUGCAGCCCGCGCACGACGCGCGCCGCGUGCUGGCGCUCGAGCCCGCGCGCAACCGCACGCCCGCCGCCGGCCGCCUGCUGCACACAGACGUGCGGUGGCUCGCGCCAGACCCGGCUCAGCCCGACAGAUUCACCAGAAUUCUCCACCGAAUUGUUAUUUUGGAUGAACAUGAACAUUUUCUGCUGAACUCGUCACUCACUCUGAGCGAUCAUUUGAAAUUGCUCGAUGGCUCCGACGACCUUAUCAUAUUCGAAAACUACGUGACCAAGAAAUAUGGCCGAUUCAAGAGAGCUGCUCACUCGUUGAUAUCACCCUUUGACAUGUCCAAAUUGUUCAAAAAAAAUAAAUUAAAAAGUAAACAGGAAGGCCCAUCGGCACCGAGUGCAGCUCCUCUUCAGUCGAGUGACAAACUUUUUGGAUAUGAGCCUACGGCUGUGGCGACGGCCGCUUUGCCUCCGAUUGAGCUUACUAUAACACAUAGUACAGAAAGUCCCACAUCAAAGCCUCCGGCUUCGACUGCGCCUGCAACUAAAAUCACGGCAGCCACUUUAGACACGGCGACUGAAGUCAAAGCUUCGAACAUAGUUCAGGUCUCGUCGUCGACACAAAAGCCCGCCCUAAGCACAAGCAAGCCGAGCAAGCCCCGGUCUAAAAGUAAGACGAAGGCGCCUCGCAAGCCCAAGGCCGCCGCGCCGCUGGCCAGCCGGCGCGAGGCGCGCGUGGCCGUCAAGAAGAAGGCGGACAACGAGACCGCGUGGCCGGUCAAGCACGCCGCCGUCGUCGAGGGGGACAUCGUGCUGGGGGGACUCAUGAUGGUGCACAGCCGGUCGGAGGGCGCGACGUGCGGGCCGGUGAUGGCGCAGGGCGGCGUGCAGGCGCUCGAGGCCAUGCUGUUCGCGCUGGACGAGGCGGCGCGCGCGCGCCUGGGGCCGCCCGGCGUGGCGCUGGGCGCGCACGUGCUCGACGACUGCGACAACGACACCUACGGCCUCGAGAUGGCGCUCGACUUCAUCAAAGGUUCCAUAAGCAACAUCGACGACGCGGAGUACGCGUGCAACGCGACGGCGGUGCGCAAGGUGAUCUCGGGCGUGGUGGGCGCCGCGUCCAGCGUCACCUCCGUGCAGGUCGCCAACCUGCUGCGCCUCUUCAAGAUCCCGCAGGUGUCGUUUUUCUCGACGUCGCCGGAGCUGUCCAACAAGGCGCGCUUCGAGUACUUCACGCGCACCAUCCCGUCCGACCUGCACCAGGUGCGCGCCAUGGUCGAGAUCGUCAAGAAGCUCGGCUGGCGAUACGUCUCCAUCAUCUAUGAAGAAUCCAACUACGGGAUCAAGGCUUUCGAAGAGUUAGAGACGUUGCUGGCGCGGAACAACAUCUGCAUCGCGGUGAAAGAGCGGCUCGUGAAGGACUCGGGCGAGGCCGACGACAACGCCUACGACGCCAUCGUCGCGCGCCUGCUGUCGCGGCCCCGAGCGCGCGGCGUGAUCGUGUUCGGGUCGGACCAGGAGGUGGCGGGCGUGAUGGCGGCGGCCACGCGGCUGCGCGCCACGGACGCGUUCGGCUGGGUGGGGUCGGACGGCUGGUCGGCGCGCGCGCUCGUGUCGGACGGCCACGAGGCGGCCGUGGAGGGCACCAUCAGCGUGCAGCCGCAGGCCAACCCUGUGCGCGGCUUCCGCGAGUACUUCCUCAACCUCACCGUCGAGAACAACCCCAGGAACCCCUGGUUUGUCGAGUUCUGGGAGGACCAGUUCCGCUGCCGCUACCCGGGCAGCGCGCGCACGCCCUACAACGCGGCCUACCGCGCCUGCAGCGGCCGCGAGCGCCUGUCGCCCGACAACACGCACUUCGAGGCGCAGCUGCAGUUCGUGGCCGACGCCGUGCUGGCCUUCGUGCACGCCAUCAGAGACAUGCACACUGACCUCUGCGGUGGCAAACCUGGACUCUGCGAAGCGAUGCGCCCUGCGAGCGGCUCUACCCUCUUACGAUAUCUUCGACAAGUACAAUUUACAGGCUUAAGCGGAGACGAAUUCCAUUUUGACAACAACGGAGACGGACCGGCGCGCUACAAUAUACUUCACUUCAAACAAGUUUCCAAAGGGGUUUACCGUUGGCUGAAAGUCGGCAGAUACCUCGACGGGGAGCUGGAGUUGGAUAUGAAUGAGAUCCAGUUCAAGUGGGACGAGCGGCGGCCGCCCGAGUCGGUGUGCAGCGCGGAGUGCGAGCUCGGGCAGGCCAAGCAGUACGUGGAGGGCGAGAGCUGCUGCUGGCACUGCUUCAACUGCACGCAGUACGAGAUCCGGUCGCCGGUGUCGGAGACGGCGUGCGUGGAGUGCCCGCUGGGCACGCUGCCGGACGCGGCGCGCGUGCGCUGCGCGCCCGUGCCCGAGCUGUACCUGCGGCCCGACGCGCCCGCCGCCAUCGGCGCCAUGGCCUUCUCCUCGCUCGGCGUGCUGCUCACCACGCUGGUGGGCGGCGUGUGGGCGGCGCGCGGCGACACGCCGGUGGUGCGCGCGAGCGGGCGCGAGCUGUCGUUCGUGCUGCUGGCCGGCAUCCUCAUGUGCUACCUCGUCACCUUCGCGCUCGUGCUGCGCCCCACCGACGUGCUGUGCUCGCUGCAGCGCUUUGGAACUGGUUUUUGCUUCACCGUAGUCUAUGCUGCUCUGCUCACAAAAACCAACAGGAUAGCGAGAAUAUUUGACGCCAGCAAACAUUCGGCCCGAAGACCAUCUCUAAUAUCGCCGAAAUCUCAACUCGUCAUUUGCUCAAUCUUAGUAUCGAUCCAGGUGGUGGUGGUGGUGGUGUGGCAGAUCGUGUCGCCGGCGCGCGCCAUCCACCACUACCCGAGCCGCGAGGACAACAUGCUGGUGUGCGACUCGUACGUGGACGCCUCCUACACCAUCGCCUUCUUCUACCCCGUCGUGCUCAUCGUCGUGUGCACCGUGUACGCCGUGCUCACGCGCAAGAUCCCGGAGGCCUUCAACGAGAGCAAGCACAUAGGGUUCACGAUGUACACGACGUGCGUGAUCUGGCUGGCGUUCGUGCCGCUGUACUUCGGCACCGCGAGCCACGUGCCGCUGCGCGUCACCAGCAUGGCCGUCACCAUCUCGCUCAGCGCCAGCGUCACACUGAUCUGUCUAUUCUCACCGAAGCUGUACAUAAUAAUAGUGAGGCCGGAGCGCAACGUACGCGCCAGCCUGAUGCCGCCCAAGUGGCGCUCGAUGAGCGGCGUGGGCGCGGGGGCGGCGGGGGCGGGAGGGGGGCGGCGCGGCGCGGCCGGUGGCGCCGUGUGCGCCGCGCUCGUGGGCGCCGCGCCGCUGCCGCGCGCGCCCGACCUCACGCCCUCCACCGACCUCUCCACGCUCAACGACACCGAACGAAGCUCGUCGGACCGUCAGGUGCAGACGGACGAGAGCGCGCUGUACCCGCGCCUGAGCCUGGAGGCGCGCGCGGGCGACGGCGGCGUGCGGCUGGACGCGCGGCGCCUGGCGCGCGCCGGCCUGCCCGCCUUCCCGCCCGCCCCCGCCCCGCCCGCCCCCGCGCCCGCCGUGGCGCUCGUGGGCGCCGAGCUGGCCUUAUAG